CACACACACACACACACACACAUUUUCAUCCCAUACAAACAUAGUGUUACCCAGAGCUUGUUCCCUGGGUACCACUGAUCCAUGUCUGACCGUAACGUUAUAUUUGAGUGGGACUUGGGACUUGUACGUGAGUGGGAGGGGUUGGAUUUGAGUUGGAACAGGAAGACGGGAAAUACAGUGACGUAUUAGACGUAAGGAAGGGCGGGCGCCCCGCCCCCCCCCCACCCCACCACCACCACUGCGGCCCCACUGCAGCAUAGAGGUGGUUGGGAAAGGGGUGAAGGACCCCCCCCCUCCCUCCUUCUUAGUAAUCGACCUUCCACCACUUGCACCACCUUGAGUAUCUCGACUUCACUGUGAGAGCGAGUCGUUCAAGAUGGACCUGAUACUUGAUAUCAACUCUAUGAUCUACCCCAUGGAUUUUGGUGACAAGUUCCGGCUGGUGUUGGCAACUACACUCCGGGAAGAUGGUUAUCCAACUGACGGACCAGAGUACAAUCCACUUGAGACUGGCCCCAGCAGAGCUGAUCCCUUUGACUACGUCAUGUACGGCAAGAUCUACCGCAUUGAGGGAGAUGAUGGACUGCUGGAAACGUCAGGCAGGCUGUCAGCAUACGUGUCAUACGGAGGGCUGUUGAUGCGCCUUCAGGGCGACGCCAACAACUUGCAUGGCUUUGAAGUGGAUAAACACAUCUACCUCUUGAUGAAGAAGCUUGCUUACUGAGAGACACUUUUUCUAUGUGUGGAUACCAAAUGUAUUUCUGGAAUGUAUAAUUUUUUUUGUAUUGUCAUUGGAACUGGUGUUGUAUAUAGAUCCAUGAUACCAGUGUAUGAUUUUCUUAUUGUAUUUUUUGUAUUAUUAUUGUAUUUUUGUAUUUUACACAGAGAUCCGUGACGCCAGUGUUUGACUCUAUUUUUUUUUUUUUUUCUAGCAUGCUGUCGUUGUGUCAUAAACAUUGAAAACUAAAUAGAAAAUCCCACAUGGGUGGGAAAAUUAAACAGAUUUAAAAGGAUUUGUAUAUUUUGAGACUGUUAAGAGAUGGGAUACUUGUAGUAGGGAAAGGUUGAUCAGCAAGUAGGAGAUUUGAAGUGGAGUACCAUAGAGUUUACCUCAGCUGCUAAGAGCUAAGUAUACUCUGGUACAGUUUCCUUUCUCCAGUUCUUACUGUUGGUAAAUUUUGUGCUGAGAUGUAAAUUUUUGCGAAAUGAAAUACAGGAGGACCCAGCAUAUACAGCUGGGCUUCAAACUGAACCAUUGUUAAUUAUGUUCCACCUGCCUGUGACUAUCAGCAGGUGGAACAAUGGCUCAGUUGAAAGCGAACAAAAAUUUGAAACACCAGCAAUGUGCUGUAUAUACUGGGCCUUCCUGUACCGGCAUCUAGUUUUCAAUAUCCUUGUGAGAGGACAUGCAAAAUUUGCCUACAAGAGGAACUGGGGGAGCUCUGCAGGAGGUAUACCUGGCUAUGUGUAGGAAAGGUAAACUCUCGCUGCUCUACAUCACUUGCCUAUGAAUCUUAGUCUAAUACAGGUCACUUGUCUGCUGAAGAUCUCAAAAUUCUGAAAUAAAUCCUUUAUCUAUAUACUGCAUCAUUGGUAAAAUAUACUGAUAAUGUUAAGCAGACAGUGCUCAGUUUAUGGUAGUAUUUUAAUGAGAAGUUUUGUGCAGGAGAGAUUAUCAGUUGCCAUAGAGGCAGGUUAAAGAGGAUGUUUAUGUUGGAGAGAAUUAAGGUGAGGUAGAGAUGGCCAGUGGGACAUAACCUCUAGCAAUAUUAUUCACUCAAGUGAAAAUGUAAACAUUUAAAAUUAGGUGAGCCAGUAGGGUGACGUCAGUUGUUCUUCAUAUAGGUUUAUUUAAUAGCAGUGAAUGGGAUUUGUGUGUGAUUGUACUAGUUAUGGCAGUCUGAGCAGAUUCCAAGCAGGAUUGGUUCCAUCUACUUCAUUGGUAAUAAAUUUAGUGCCAGGGAUACUUCUUUGAUAAUAAAUUAGUGCCAGGGAUACUUCUUUGAUAAUAAUUUAGUGCCAGGGAUACUUCUUUGAUAAUAAAUUUAGUGCCAGAAAAGUUUUAAUCAUUUUCCAUUUUGCUUUGAACAGCACAGUCAUGUCAUCCCUGUGGCAGGUGUUUCCACGUUUGCUGAGCCUCGUAUUCAACACCCUUGAUGUUUUACCUUCGUAAAACUUGUCACAACCUCCAUAAGUUUAUAUAGAUGCAGGCAGUGGUGUUUUGGGGGCUAUGUUCUUUUUGUUAAGUCUUUACCGUGUUGGAAGCUAUAAUGGCAGUCCUAACAGUGCUCUUGGCUAAGGAGUUGGAGAGGUUAUUGCUGGUUGACAGGUAGAACUAUAUACAGUGGAACCUCAAAAAUCGAACUGCUUCCAACACAACCAAUUAUGUAAGUGUAUUUUUGUAAGUGCUUUUAUAAGUGUAUUUUUGAGGGUCUGAAAUGGACUAAUCUAAUUUACAUUAUUCUUGAUGGGAAUGAAUUCAUUCAGUAAAGGCACUCGAACAGCCUUCUGGACUGAAGAAAGUUCGAUAUUUGAGGUUUCACUGUAUCUACUACUGGAUUUGGAAUCGUGUCUGGUAUUAUGUAAUAUCUCUACUCCUUCUCACAGUGUUAUGGAGAGCAAAAAUUAAAUGUUUUCUUAACCCUUCAACUGUCCAAACGUAGAUCUACGUUCACGUGCAUAGCACUCUGAAUGUAGAUCUAUGUUUGGACAGUUUAAGGGUUAAUGGUGCAUUCCUCUAGGAGACUAUGACUACAUUAAUAAAACCUUCCUUGAACUACAUAUUCUGUUCACUGCACUUUAUUAUGGACCAUAGGAAAUAAAUAGAGAAGCUACUACACAAUAUCAGAUAAUAUUCCAACCUCAGUACAUCCACAUUGCUGCCUGUGAACAGAAGCAGUAACCUCUCCAGAUCUUUAACUGAAGUUAACUUCAGAGUUGUAUUAAUAUUGGCAGAAUUACCGAUAAUAUGUUACGUAAAAGGACACAAGUGCAACUAAUGUGACAUUUUAUUGUGUCACAUUAGUUGCACUUGUGUCGUUUUACCUAACUAAGGGUUGCCAUUAUACAAGACUUGGUCAAAAAAGAAAAUGGUAUCUAAAAUAAAGUGCCUGUAUCUAUAUAACCCAUAGAGGCUGUGCCAAGUUGUACAUAGGGACUUGAAGGUGAUCAGAACACACAGAGGCGCCUGCCAGAGAUAACACAGACACCUGUAUUAUUCACCCUCAUACAUAAGAGAACCACCUUAUAAACUUCUCCAGUGCAAUUUUAUCAAAAAAGCAGAUGUAACGAACCAUGCUUCAAGUCUCCUGUGCUUGAAAAAUGGUAUAGUGAUAGACAAUAUGUGGAAAAAGGCAUUUAUGUACACCUCAGGACAUUUAUUAGAGGAAACGCCCACAAAGCCUGGUCACAGACCAGGCCACGGGUGCAUUAACUCCUGAAACCCUCUCCAGGUAUACCACAAGUGACUUCUCCAGACCUAAUGAAGCCACUCGUGGCAAAAUGUUUUCUGUAAAAAAUGUCUUGAAUUCUACAUAAGUGCCCUUUUCACACACACUGAUUAUCACGACCAUCACCACCAUCAUGCAGAAAUCAGGUUCAUUUCUUAGUUCAAGAACGCUGGCCAAAAUUAUUUUCAAGAUGUAUGACAUUUCUCUAACAUGAAACUACAGGGAGAGUACACAAAUAACCCAUACAUACGAGAGAGAAGCUUAUGAUGAUGUUUGGGUCUGACCCAAACAUUAUUGUAAGUUUCUCUCUCCUAUGUGUGGGUUAUUUGUGUAUUAUUCCAGUCACAGUAUUGUGAUUUUUUUUGAUCUUCAUACAUAAAGGUAUACUGCGUCACCUAAUUUUAAGCUUUCGUGUUCCCACUGCGUUGAGUAGCAUUACUGCCGGUGAUGUCACCUGCCCAUCUCUACGCUUCACCUUGCUUCUCUCAGACAUACUCGUUUUACCCAUCUCUGAGAAUUUGUAGUCCCUGGUGGGUGUAACGUCUGGCUAAAAUGCCAUAAACUUCAGUUUUGUUUCUUAUUAAUGGAUUCUUGCUACUCAAUUUGAUUUUCCACCGUUUGACUAUGUUCUGAAAAAUAUAAUGUACUUAUAAUUUUUUUACAUUGAUUUCUUCAAUAGGCCAGAUCCUUAAAAUGUAAGUUUUCAUAAUAAAAAAAGUAAAGAUA